UCUUAACCCAGUUACUGUAGCCGCUGCUUUGUCUGUCUUAGAUAAUAACUAUCAAAUACAUGUUGCAGUUAUGUAGCACGCGGAAGAAGGACUGUACCCUGCUGUGACCAGCUAGCUAACUGUCUGGGAACCUACUGCGGCUCCGUUUCACAGCCAGCUAGCGUUAGCGAACAAGCUAGCCGGCCAGACGCUAGCAAACAAGCUGCGAUGUGCUGCUGUUUGUUUUGCUCUCUCUCUCUCGUCUGAGGCUAGCUAUCUAACUCAGCUGCCAGGCGGCUAACCGAGCUAGCUAGCUACGUUUUUGUGUUUGGUGUGAAGAAGAAAAUACACCAAAACCACCUCUUUAUGCUGUUGUUGCUAUAUCAAGUGUCCAGCUAAGAUGUGGCAAAGUGUCGGGCUCACACUGCUGGUCAUUGUGGCCACACUUGUCUGUGCGCUGCUCUUCAUGCUGUUUGGUUGGUAUGUAGUCUGGCAACUCUUCCUGUCCAAGUUCAAGUUUCUGCGUGAACUUGUCGGGGACGCCAGCACCCCGCAGGCCGAAACGCAGCCGUCCGAAACCAAGAGCGAACGUACAGCUAACGUCCCACCAAGAAGUCGACCCAAGACGGCACGCCAAAGAGUCGCCUUUCCAGAAAGCACUUCAUAGAUCAUCCAGACCGCCACUGUGUAUCCUUCAUGACCCCUCUCUCGCCGCCACUGCCCGUCAGCCCUCUACAAACGCCAUCAGGGGUAUUCCCCACUGACCCUGCACACUAAACAAGGACCUUGUGGACACUAAGUAGUCAACCCUCCUCUUCACCAAGACACUUUAAACUGGCCAGGCAGAUCUCCUGGUUUCAAAGGGAAAAGCCAUUACUGUCCAUUUCUUUACAUCACCUGUUCAUAUGGUUAAUUAUGUAUUGAGGAGCGAGUCUGGAGCUCCCCUCCUGGUCCUCCUGUUAUCCUGCAAUAGUGACAGCCAGCUUUCAUGAGCGGCCACGCUGCUUUGUGCCACCCAUGUGGAGUAUGAAGAAGCUCCAUCAAAGAGACGUGUUGGUCUCUCUAAUGUACAUCUUUUAAUUAUUUUUUUUAAGAAAAGUAAGUCCUACUUUGAACAAAGUAGGCAGAUUAAAAAUAAUUUUGUCUGCAUCAUUUCAACAAGAACAACUGAAGAUGAACUGAAACAGUGAUUUGUAUAACUGACAAUUUUCUUUUCUUCACAUUGUGCAAUGAAAGGAAUGUUUAUGCUGUCAUUUUGUUGUUUCUUUGCACAGUAUACUCUGGCAUGAGGGGGAAACGGUCUCACCCAGCAGAUAAUGCCCAAAGCCUCAAAGAUGGAAAAUAACUUCAUUCCAGAUGUGUAAAAUGUGACUUUUUUUUUCUUGCAACUUCUCCUUCACCCCAAUUUUAUACAUAUAUAUAUUUAUACUUGAAGUGUCAGGAGAAGGUUUCAAGGAAAUGUUGGCGUUGAGAUUCAGUUAUACACAUUAUUAGCUUAUGUUUAAGAGCAAUGAAACAAGGCUUCCUGCUGCCCGGGUGGCAUCUGAACCCUCUCCUGUCCCCUGUGCCUCUGUCUGCACCAGUGCCUGUCUAGAUGGCCUCCUUUUGUAAAGCCGACAGUAGCUUGGUGUCCAUUACAGGGCAAAUCAAAGCUGACCUAAUCCAUAUUUAUGUAAUAUUCUCCCUCCAGGUAAAACUCAUUUAACGUCUGCAUCUUUUUCUCAGCAGUGAAUUAUUUUGUUCUUCAGGAAGCAGUAGCUUCAAAUAAAUAAUGCCAUAAACAUAAA